AUGAAUGAAGAUGAGCAAGACGUCUCGGCGAAAACACUCACGCCCACCGCGGCAAUAGUCAUCACCACGCCUUCAAAGGGCCGCCCACUCACAGCCGUAUCUGUUGUAGUGGCUAUGUUCAACAACGGCCACUCAUAUCCCUACGCUACUUACACUAUCGCAUCCACGUUUGGUCAUCUCCCAUUGUCCAUUGUCCAUCGCCCACCGCCCACUACCCACUGCCCACCGCCCACUAUCCACUGCCCUUCGCUCACCGCCCACUACCCACUGCCCACUGCCCACUAUCCACUGCCCUUCGCUCACCGCCCACUACCCACUGCCCACUGCCCACUGCUUACUAUCCACUGCCCACCGCCCACUACCCACCGCCCACUGCCCACCGCCCACCGCCCACUGUCCACUACCCACUGCCCACCGCCCACUGUCCACUACCCACUGCCCACUGCCCACCGCCCACCGCCCACUGUCCACUACCCACUGCCCACCACUCACUACCCACUGCCCACCGCCCACUGCCCACCGCCCACCGCCCACUGUCCACUACCCACUGCCCACUGCCCACCGCCCACGCCCACUGCCCACCGCACCGCCCACUGUCCAAUACCCACUGCCCACCGCCCACCGCCCACUGUCCACUACCCACUGCCCACCGCCCACUGUCCACUACCCACCGCCCACCGCCCAGCCACAGCGCCACCGCAUGAACGCCCCGCCCCCCCCGCCGCCGCCUCUCCGUCGCCCAUUCGACAUAUUGGAUAA